AUGGAAAUCUUCAUGGUAUUUUGGUUCCUGCUUCUACCUCCUGGUUUUGCGAGGUUCUUCCGGCCGCAAAGUCGACCCCAAAGAGGUGAUUCCAAUACCUUGAGGGUUGGGAAAGCUUGCACUGGAAAGGGGCAGCCUGGAUAUAUCAAGACAACACUUCAGAGAGCAACUGUCACGGCAAGCAACCAGUCAAUCGUCCCGAGGUGGGCACGAGAACCUCUCAAAGAGUUUCAAGAGGGCGUGGUCUACCUGAUGGACAUUGACAUCGGCACGCCAAAGCAAACAAUCACCGUGAUCGUCGAUACUGGCUCUUGGGAGUUGUACCUGAACCCCAAUUGCACGCGUGCAGCGGAUCCGACAUUCUGUGUCGAGUCAGGUCAUUACCGUCCGACAAGUUCAAGCACGUCGAAAAACCUGACUACGCGUUACUACGUCUCCUUUGGCACCGGGGGCUAUGUGGGAGGAUACUUUAGUGAUACUCUAUGGUUUGGCAAUGACUUCUGGCCGGUGAGCGGUCUACAGUUCGGCGUCUCCGAUGACAGUGACUAUGUCUGGGCUGGUAUACUAGGACUGGGAUACGGAAAAAGAUUCAACACGAAGUAUUCGACACUGCUAGACUUACUGGUCUCAUAUGGCUAUAUCAAUGUUCCGAUGUUCAGUCUGGAUGUGGGUAGCCAAGGCAAUGGAACAGGUGAAAUCAUUGUCGGAGGGGUUGAUACGCACAAGUUCAAGGGUUGGCUGGAGCCACUUGAGCUCUACCCUCCCCCGGACAAACAGCUUUCCAUGUGGAAGCAAGCACAGUACUGGGUCAACCUCACGUCAUUUGGUUACACCGCACCGGGGGCAGCCAUGACGACAAUCACGAACAGCAACUUCUCUCGAAUCAUGAUGGUUGACACCGGAUCCACGUACUCCUACAUCGACGCCGACCUGGUCUCACUUUUGGCCAAGCAGUUCAGUGCGACAAUUGACGAGCAAGGGGUUUACUACGUUCCUUGCAAAUACCGUGAAAUGGACGGCUUCGUCCACUUCGGCUUCAACCACGGUAACAUGGUCAUCAAUGCCAAGUACCGCGAUUUCAUCAUAAGUUUUGGUAGCAGAUGCGCUCUCGGUGUCCAGCCUGCCGAUGCUGGUGUCAACACGUGGGUGCUCGGGGACACGUUCAUACGAUCCGCCUACAUCGUUUUUGACCAAGUCUACGAUGCUGUCUGGGUAGCGAACUAUCAGCCCUGCGGUAGUCCCAGUGUGGUGGACCUCACAGCAAACGCCGGCAAUCAGCUGUGGACUGAAAUAUACGGUGGAUGCUAA